GGCAGCAGAGCGCGCAGUUCCCGAGCAGAUGAGUUGCCCACACGACUGUGUCGGUAACGUGGAAGUGGGAGAAUCUCACAGAGUGUAUGGCAUUACAAAGGCCAAAGCAGAGCUGCUGUGAAGACAUGCCUUUCAAGAAGAAAAAUGCCAUUCCUGACAGAUGGACAGACUAUACAGCAGUGGGUAAACGGGUCCCUGGAACUCGCUUCAUCGCUUUUAAAGUUCCCUUAAGACAGUCUUUCAGAUAUCAUUUAACACAAUCAGAAGCCUUUGGACCGUUUGAUCUUGUGCGUAUUUUAGAGAAGGAAGGACAACAACUGGGUCUCAUCAUUGAUCUGACCUACACAACUCGCUACUACAAAGUAGAGGAUUUGCCAAACACAUUGUACCACUUGAAGAUCUUCACAGCAGGGCAUGAAGUGCCAAACGAUGCCACGAUUCUCAGCUUCAAGAAGGCCGUCAGACAUUUUCUGCAUGACAAUGAAAACAAUGAUAAACUGAUUGGUGUUCAUUGCACGCACGGUUUGAAUCGCACCGGCUAUUUAAUAUGUCGAUACCUAAUAGAUGUUGAAGGGAUGAACCCCCAAAAAGCGAUUAAUUUAUUCAAUGAAUCAAGGGGAUAUUCAAUUGAGAGGCAGAACUAUCUUGAUGACCUGAGGACAGGGCCCACGAGAAGUAAUGAGGGAAUGGAGGAACCAGACCAAGAACCCGCCCAGGGACUUGCAAACGAACCACGAGAUGAUGCUUCUCAUCAUCGAAGGGAAUGGCAUAACCAUGAUCCUCCUUUUAAUGGACAAGAACCUCACCAAUGGCACAGGGAACCCCAGAAUCAGUUUUUACCGUUUCACCAGAAGGACAACAUGACUUGGUUCGAACCACCUGAGCGCCAGUUCUUCUGUCCGCCCUUGAUUCCUCAUCCAUCGCAGGGCAUGAGACCCUGUUUUCCCAACCAGAGCGUCAGAGGAUUGCACUUCGGACAUUAUCCACCUCCGCUUCCCUCCUACAGGUUCGGCGAACCAUACCACAAUCCACACGCGCCUCCAGAGGGAUUCACGAGACCUCCAGGGCCUCACCGAAAACUUCGACAUAGACACAGGAAAGGUCCGAAAGAUAGGACUCCUCGCUGAAAUGAAGGAGGCUACACACUUUCAACCCAAACUGCUGGACUGUGCUUUUUCUGAACACCAGCUGCUAGUCCUGGUCUCCUAAAGAGGUUGACUGUUUUAUUAGACUUUACUAGCUAACAAUACUACUACAACGUUUUGUGAUGGUUAUCUGUUAUUAGGUCAUUUUAUCCAGCAAAUGUAAUUCAUACACAUAAUCUAUAACUGCUGCUAAUCUAACAUGCCUUUAGUUUUAAAUUUAAGUGAAAUAUUAAACACCUUUGCAAGUGCAAUUACAGUUGUUUUAUUAUCUCCUUAUAUUUUACACAUUUUGUAUUUCUUUCUUUUUUUUUAUCAUUUUAAAUAUUCUGGCUGAUGUAAGGUCUGUUAUUUAGGCUACAAGUCUACUGAUCAGAUGUUCUCAGUGAUCCGAGAGAACCCAGGUUGAGAUCAGCUUAAUAAAAGGUUUAUCUGCUCAA